UCUCUCCAUAUAUAUGUGUGUGUGUUUGUGCUGUCCUGGCACUCAUUCUGUAGGCCAAGCUGGCCUCGAACUCACAGAGCUCGGCCUGCCUCUGCCUCCAGAGCUCUGGGAUUAAAGGCCAGAGCCUCCACCGCCAAGGCCUGCACCAUUGUUCCUCUAAAUAAAUCACAACCUCCAGCAGGUCUCACUUCUCUGGAGACUUGUGUUUAAAAGAAAAGCUGGAGUCACUUCUGUGUCUAUUUAUCACGGGCCUUAAGGCAGAGAGACGGGCAUUUAGGAAGAGGAUGGUAUUUAUGUACCUAAGUCCCACCUCUCAUUGCAUUGACAGCUCCACACACUAAGACAAUCCAGUGACUGUCUCUUGACAUUGUGUUUAAAUCUUGACAACAUAGCAAUCCAUUUAAAAACUAUCACCAGCAAUUGUAGUGGGUACCUUGCAGUUACUAAUGACAGUGGGUAUUUACUUCUGACUUGGUGUGUACAUGAUCUCAUUUAACUGUGAGACUAACAAAUAAAAAGAGCAAUCAAGAGUGACAGAGAGAGAAAGAGAGAUUAAGACAAUUGUCCCAGGAGAUUGCCGGUGUGUGGAUCAUUGAUAUUACUGAGCAUGCCUGGUAUGCUUGAAGCUCUAGGUUUGAUCCCCAGCAUCAGGAGGAAAAAGAAAACCGUCCCUAGCCCAGCAGUGAUGGUACACAUCUUUAGUCCCAGUAUUCGGGAGGCAGAGGCAGACAGAUCUCCGUGAGUCCAGCCUGGACUACACAGUAAGUUCCAGGACAGCCAGAGCUACAUAGUGAGACCCUGUCUUGAAAAAAAAAGAAAAGGAAAAAAAAAAAAAAGGAAAGAGGAACCCACCAUGCCCCAGUGACUGGCUGGCGCCUGUUCUAACACUUAUCAGCUUGUCUUGCAAUGAUUUGUUUGUAAAGCUGUUUUUCCAUUUCUUAAAGUCCUCUGGGAUUAGCCAGUUCCUGGCAAACAACUGAAAUCCCCAAAUUCGCCAGGUGAAUGAAUGAAAGCCCUAACCCAGUUACUUCUCCUCAGUGCCUCACAGAACCACAGAGCUCCAACUCAGAUACAGGCUGGGAGACCAUAGACUUCUACUGCAGGGCUCAGGUCUCCGCCUAAUGCCUCAGGGUCACUGGGCAUGCCAGGAUAUAUUGUAGAGAGGUUGGAUACAGAGGAGGGGAGGAAGGCCCCAAUGCUGCAGUCAGUCCAGGCCUGGGUUGGAAAACAAGGCUGAAGUUACUGAUUAGCAGGUGAAAGGGUCAAGGGUCGAGGCAAGGGGGCUGAAAGCAGAGUGGAGGAAGCGGCCGGCGGAGAACACUCAAGGCAGAGGUCCCCUCACCUGCGGAGCACCAGCUGUCUCCUGCCCGAGAUGUUGCACCAGGUCUGGGCAGCUGUACUCUACCUCUAUGGCCUUCUCUUCAACUCCAUGAACCAGUGCCCUGAGCACGGUCAACUAACGACGCUGGAGGUGGGCGAGAAAGAGUCCCCAGAGCCCCACCUGGGCCUGUGGUACUUCAUCGCAGGAGCGGCCCCCACCAAGGAAGAGCUGGCUACUUUCGACUCCGUGGACAACAUUGUCUUCAACAUGGCUACCGGCUCGGCCCCAAGGCAGCUCCAGCUUGGUGCUGCCAUCCGCACGAAAAAUGGGAUCUGCGUGCCCCGGAAAUGGACAUACCACUUGACUGAAGGGAAAGGAAGCACAGACCUCAGGACUGAAGGCCGCCCUGACAUGAAAACAGACCUCUUCUCCAGUUCAUGCCCAGGAGGAAUCAUGCUGAAAGAGACAGGCCAGGGUUACCAGCGCUUUCUCCUCUACAACCGAUCACCACACCCUCCAGAGAAGUGUGUGGUGGAAUUCCAGUCUCUGACCUCCUGCUUGGACUUCAAAGCCUUCUUAGUGACUCCCAGGCAUCAAGAGGCCUGCCCGAUGUCCAGCAAGUGACGCUAACCUCCUCUGUGUCCUCGACAGCCAAGUGGGCGCUGAGCUGCAAGGGAGAUGCUGGAGACCCUCUGCUCCCUCUCAAGGAUAAUAAAGACGGUUUUUCAAUCCUCA